AACAGCGGGGUGGGGUUGAACAGAACUCGAAAAACAAGGAGGUGGAGCCGCAGUAAAUGAUCAUUGACACCAGCUGUGGGUCAGUCACUCUCCACUGCACCGAGCGUCUCAUCUGAAACCUGAAGAGGCACAAAGACCCAGAACUUCACCAUGAGCAGAUGUCUGAUUACCAAGGCGGAGGUGCAGCUCUUCAUUGAGAGAUGUAUGGGGGCCGUGGGCACCAAGCCACAUCAUGCACGCAGCCUGGCCGAGGUGUUGGUGGAGGGUGACCACAGAGGCCACUACAGCCACGGACUUAACAGGAUGGACAUGUACGUGAAGGACAUUCAGACAAAAAUCUGUGAAAAGGACGGUGAGCCGGUGAUAGAGAAGGAGAGCCCGGCCACGGCCCUGGUCGAUGGGAAGAACCUGCUGGGUCCAGUGGUGGGGAACUUCUGCAUGGACCUAGCCAUUAAAAAGGCCAAAGAAGUCGGCAUCGGCUGGGUGGUGGCACACGGCUCCAAUCACUACGGUAUUGCGGGAUACUACUCCAUGCAGGCUCUGAAGAGCAACAUGAUUGGCAUGUCAUUCACCAACACGUCCCCACUGGUCGUCCCUACCCGUGGUAAAGAGUGCACUCUGGGCACCAACCCCAUCAGUGUGGCGGCUCCUGCCCGUGAUGGAGACAGCUUUGUUCUGGACAUGGCCACGUCGGCAGUGGCACUGGGAAAGGUGGAGCUGCACGAUCGCCGUGGAGACUCCAUUCCUGAAGGAUGGGGCUGUGAUGCUCAGGGAAAACUGACUCCAGAUCCCAAGAAAGUCCUGAACGGAGGAGGACUGGUGCCCAUUGGUGGCUGUGAAGCCACAGGAGGCUACAAAGGCUACGGUUUGGGAAUGAUGGUGGAAUUGUUCUGCGGGAUCUUAGCCGGCGCCCAGUACAGUAAACACAUCCGCACGUGGAAAGUAACAGACAGAAUUGCUAAUCUGGGUCAGUGUUUUGUGGCCAUCAACCCGGAAAACUUUGCUUCUGGUUUCAAUGACAGGAUGUCUGACCUUCUGUCCAUCCAAAGAGAAUUGGAGCCUGCUGACUCUGAACAUCCCGUCCUGGCUGCUGGAGACCCAGAGAGAAUGAACAUGAAGAAGUGUGAGGAGUUGGGUGGAAUUCCCUACCACAUCAAUGUCGUCAAUUUCAUGAAUGAGUGUGGUCAGAGACUCGGUGUCAACCCACUGCUGCCCACAGACAAGGUCAUCUCCUUGUAAUAAGUCAUAUUCCUCAACAUUGGAAAUGUGGUUCUCUGGGUCAUGUUAGGGUGAAGCCUGGGAACACAACCAACAUGCUGACAGUUCUAGUUCAUUCAUUUAACCAACACCAUCAGGUAUUUGCACAUUUUACAAUAGUUUGGUUUAGAAAAAACAUUGUUUUAGAGCAGUUUUGUGUAUCUGGAGACAUAUCUCCUGUUUUUAAGAUGUCUUGACUUCAGCUGUGAAAGUUUAAAAUUCCUAUCCAUGGCAUUAUAAAUGAAUGUGUUUUAAAAAAAAGAGGUCUGAAAUGAACAACUCAUCAACCAGACAGUUAAGUCAUUCCCUCAUGACAAAUUCCUUUGUCGUCCUUUUAUUUUUUUAGGAAACAUUUGAAAUAAUUUCAAAAUGAAUACAAUUGUCACACAAUCAGAUUGUGCAUUCUUUGUGCCUUAUUAAAAAAAACCAUGAACGUUG